GCUGGCCCCUCGACCAAUCAAAACAGAACACACACAAAACAAACGUCAAUAUUCGAAAAAUAUCAAGAAAAGUGCAAAUAGAAUUUUCUUCGCAAUUUAUUUCGCAUUUAAAAGCAUACUCUAAACUCACAGAUAUUGGACGUUAAUACAUCAAAUCGUCAGUUGAGAGCGAAUAAUUAAAAUGAGCAAAAAACGGUUCGGAACUGCGAUUCCCAGAUUGCAACAAGACUAUCUGAAUUUGAAAAAAGAUCCAGUUCCAUACAUUCGUGCGGCUGAACCCAAUCCAUCGGAUAUGUUGGAAUGGCAUUAUGUCAUUCAAGGUCCGGAUGAUUCACCCUAUGCUGGGGGUUACUACCACGGAAUUUUGAUAUUUACCCAACAAUAUCCAUUUAAACCACCUUCGAUCUUCAUGUACACGCCGAAUGGUCGGUUCGAAACUCGCCGACGAUUGUGUCUAAGCAUAUCAGACUAUCACCCGGAGGAAUGGAAUCCUGCGUGGGGUGUGUCCAGUAUACUGACGGGAUUGUUAAGCUUUAUGUUGGAAAAUAGCAAAGCACUGGGCACAAUCGAAACGCUGAAUUACGAAAAAGUCAAAUAUGCCAAACAGUCGUUAGAAUUCAAUUUAAAGGAUGAAAUGUUCUGUUCACUAUUUCCGGAAGUCUGUGAAGAAAUGAAGGGGAAACUACGGCAACAAAGGGAAAAUGAUAAGACAACAGUGGUUAAGGGACCAGCCGUCGAAGUGAAGCCUGUCACGUCAACGGAUAGCAAUGAAAGCAGCCUAAUCUUUAUAAUCUGCGUUUGCAUUAUUGGACUGAUAACUUAUCACUUUUGUGGCCAUUUGUUAACUGACUGAGUAUUAAUUGAUAGAUAGACUAAUUAUUUAACUGCAAAUUGGUAUUGGAUUGAUUAUGGUCUAGAAAAUUCAAUUCUGUUUACGUUCCCGAAAAUUUUUCAUUGUUAAAAAUUCUAUUUUGUUGAAUAAAAAUACUGAAAAGC